AAGCCUUCUGGGAGCAUAGGCUUUCCAGAGGACAUUUUGAAUUUAAAGGGUCCAGCUGUUAGUCUCAGCUCUCGGUCCCCCUACGGUAGACUAGACGAUGUCCACGAUGGUGUACCCAAGGGAAGAGAAGCUGUCGAAGCUGUCCCAGGAGGAGAUAAUCUCCAACACCAAGCUGGUGAUCCAGGGCCUGGAGGCACUGAAGAAUGAGCACAACUCUAUCCUGCACAGCCUGCUGGAGACCAUCAAGUGCCUGAAGAAAGAUGAGGAAGCCAACCUGGUGCACGAGAAGUCCAGCCUUCUGCGCAAGUCUGUGGAGAUGAUCGAGCUGGGCCUGGGAGAAGCACAGGUGAUGAUGGCCCUGUCCAACCACCUGAACGCGGUGGAGUCUGAGAAGCAGAAGCUGCGAGCCCAGGUGCGUCGGCUGUGCCAGGAGAACCAGUGGCUGAGGGACGAGCUGGCCAACACCCAGCAGAAGCUGCAGAAGAGCGAGCAGAGCGUGGCCCAGCUGGAGGAGGAGAAGAAGCACCUGGAGUUCAUGAACCAGCUCAAGAAGUACGACGAGGACGUCUCACCCACUCAGGAGGAGAAGGACGGCGAGCCCCCCAAGGACUCUCUGGAUGAUCUCUUCCCCAACGAUGAAGAGGAGCAAGGCCAAGGCAUGCAGCACCAGCACAACAGUGCUGCGGUGGCUGCAGCCCAACAGGGAGGCUAUGAGAUCCCAGCCCGCCUGAGGACCCUCCACAAUCUGGUGAUCCAGUAUGCCUCCCAGGGGCGCUACGAGGUGGCCGUGCCCCUCUGCAAACAGGCCCUGGAGGACCUGGAGAAGACCUCUGGACACGACCACCCUGAUGUGGCCACCAUGCUCAAUAUACUGGCCCUGGUCUACAGGGAUCAGAACAAAUACAAAGAGGCUGCACAUCUGCUCAACGAUGCUCUGUCCAUCCGGGAGAAGACUCUCGGCAAAGACCACCCUGCUGUUGCCGCCACACUCAACAACCUGGCCGUGCUCUACGGAAAGAGGGGCAAGUACAAGGAGGCCGAGCCACUGUGCAAGAGAGCCCUGGAGAUAAGAGAAAAGGUACUGGGCAAGGACCACCCAGAUGUGGCCAAGCAGCUGAACAACCUGGCCCUGCUGUGUCAGAACCAGGGCAAGUACGAGGAGGUGGAGUAUUACUACUGCCGUGCCCUGGAGAUAUACGAGUGCAGACUGGGUCUGGACGAUCCGAAUGUGGCCAAAACCAAGAACAACCUGGCAUCCUGCUUUCUCAAAGAGGGGAAAUACAAGGAGGCUGAGAUUCUGUACAAAGAGAUUCUGACCCGUGCCCAUGAGAAAGAGUUUGGAUCUGUCGAUGCUGAGAACAAACCCAUCUGGAUGCACGCGGAAGAGAGGGAGGAGAUGAGUAAGGGCAAGCACAGAGACAACAUCCCGUACGGCGAGUAUGGAGGAUGGUACAAGGCCUGCAAAGUGAACAGCCCGACAGUGAACACCACCUUGAGAAACCUGGGAGCUCUUUACCGCCGACAGGGCAAGCUAGAGGCCGCUGAGACCCUGGAGGAGUGUGCCAUGAGGUCCCGCAAGCAGAUCAACACAGGCAUAGACCCUAUCCACCAGACCCGUGUGGUGGAGAUCUUAAAGGAUGGCGAAGGGGACAGGGAGAAGCGGAGGAGCCGGGACAGCCUGUCCAGCGUCAAGUACGAGAGCGGCUCUGAGACCGGCGAGGAAGUGAGUAUGGACGUGGAGUGGAACGGGGCCUAAGCCACAUCAAGAUUAUUCCUCCAUCCUUCUCUCCUCUUCCCCAACCAAAAUAGCAAAGGAUGUCUUUGUCGAUUCCCUUUGGCCUUCUCUUCUCUCCUACCACCAAAUGAAAAGCUCCUCCUCUACCAUUCCUGGUGUCCUCGGCGAGACUGCUCCUUGUUGUCACCUCUGUCCCUCUACUGACAACCGUUGGGAUGUUUGGUUUCCUCUUCCCUCUGAUCCCUCUCUCUCUCUCUUUUUCACCCUUUUCAUUCACUAACCCUGUCUUGCUCCUUUGUCAAAAUGUUCAGAAUUUUCCCAUAACAUGAUGUCAUGUCUAUCACAUUCUCCUCUGAAACUCACCUCUUUCUUCUUCUAACAUGAAUCUGUAAUAUUCAGCUGUAUUCUACUGUAUUUAAUAAUGACAUGAUAGAAGGGGUCAGUGUUUGGAAAUACGGUGGCCCGUGGGGAACACACAGAGCAAAGCAGAAAAGACAGAAUGAUUUUGGACAAUGGGGAAUCUGACCUGUGACCUGCAACUGCUCCCACAGCCCUUAACAUCUGCCCAAAACACCAUGACAACACCUGUCCUUUUGCCUUCACAACAUAGCUGUGGUUUGACUGUCUGCAUCUCACAUCUCCCUUCAGGACUUCAAUGUUGCUUUGCAUUGGCCUCGGUCUGUAUUUGUGUUGGAGUGGCUUUGCCUUCUAGCGAGCGCGCGCACACACACACACACGCGCGCACAUUCCCAGGACUGUAAGCAGCUGGCUGGUGAAAAUAGUCUGUGAUCAAAUACAAAAUGGCUUGGGGUCUGCAGUUGACAAACUUGGUGCCUGUAUUUGUGCCAUUGUAGUAUCUUAUUGAAAAAGUCAUUUUAAUUUGCUUAAUUAAGUUAAUUUCAUCAUUUUGAAAUGUAGCCAUAUGCCUGAGCAGUUUUAAAGAGGUACUGUAUUGUAAUAAAUGCUUAUGACUUUGGUAUAUUACAUUAGCUGGCUAACUCUGACAAAAGUGGGGAUGUUGGGGUUUCAAACUUGUCCUCUUUUUAUAUAUUUUUUACCUAUUCAUUUUUUUUCUUUCUUAUUAUUUACUAAACUUUUAUUAUGCUUGCUGUGUAUUGACUGCUGAAGAAGGCAGUGGUAUUUCAACCUACUAUACUACUACCAUACUACCAAUAUGUGGUGUUAUAGUAACCGCUAGCUGUUUUGUCUUGAUGGACGAAAACACACUGCAGCAUUUUCAGCUUGUGAGUAAUAUAGCAGCUUUAUAAGCAAAAGUCAUUGUCACCUUCCCAAUUCCCCUAGAGCUUGAGUUCUUCUUGGCUAGACUGCUCUCCCUUCUUCGAUGCAUAGCGUUUUACAUACUGUAGGCCUGUUGUUUACCGUGCACAGAUUACGUUUAAAAAGGGAAUAGUGCCGCAUUAUCAAUGGUUAUAGGCUACUGCAACAAAACCAACAUGGAACGUUACCAAAACAUCCCUGUCGAAGCAACAGCACAUCUGUUGUCUUCAAAUUUGAUUUUCUAUCCUCUGAGACCAAGGGGGAGUUAGUGACCACAUAUGGGCUUUUCAUUGCCUGCUUUAUAUUGCCUUUGAAUGUGUUGAGAUUAUAGGACAAAUUAGUGUUGCCAUUGGAGAAAACGUAUGAAUCGUAGCAUGUGUGUUUUAAUGGCUCAAGGUCAAUAGAUUGGUUAGACUUCUUUUGAACACUUUAAUGGAAUAUGUUGCCUUCCCUACCCCUUACAUCACACAGUUCAUUACAGGUGGACAUUGUCCAUUUUGACUAGAUAUCUUUUUGGACUACAAAACCCAUAGUAAGUGCUUGCUCAAGAUCAUUAAUUUAAGUGUUUAACUAACUGAAUGUAAUAGAAUUUCCAUAUUGUACUAAAGUGUAGUAAGUGAUAUUUAUGGAUUUGAUCAGGCACUCAUCACAUAGGCUUUUGAAAUGUCCUUUGCCAUUCCUAACCAUAAAGCAUACUUUUAAGAAUGCAAGCAACACUGAAAAAGAGAGAAACGGCAAUGUUUAUCAUGUAAUUCUGACAAUAUUGUUGUGUUAUAGUGGAAUGCUGAUUAUUUAUUAAACUUGUCUGUAAUUGAUAUUAGAUAGUGUGAACUUCUGUUUCGUAGGGCAGAAGUCAACUCAAUGGCGAACUCUAUAAGCACCAUCUUAGAACGUAGGACUUCAUAAUAUUUACAAUUUCUUCUUGCAUUGUGAUGAUUGUUGCUUUAACACUAGUUGGUAUUCUCAAAUAAAGUUUUUCAUUUGUGAAGUGUCA